AUGCCGGUGACCGGUGUGGGGCAAGCGUUGAAGUCUAAGAAGCUCACUCCUCGUUUUAUUGGCCCGUAUCAGAUUUCGGACAAGGUUGGAAAUGUGGCGUAUAGAGUGGCAUUACCGCCGAAUCUUUCGAAUUUGCAUGACGUGUUUCAUGUGUUGCAACUCCAGAAGUAUAUUUUUGACCCGUCUCAUGUGAUUCAUAUGGAUGAUGUGAAAGUACAGGAUAAUCUCACGAUGGAGACUAUGCUGGUACGAAUUAAGGAUUGCGAGACGAAGACGCUUAGAGGCAAGGAGAUUUCCUUGGUGAAGGUGGUCUGGUCGGGAGCUGCCAGAGAGAGCAUGACGUGGGAGUUCGAAAGCAAGAUGCGGGAGUCUGAUCCCAAGUUGUUCGAAUGA